AAGCGCACGCAGCUGCUUUGGUCUCUCAGUGUUGGAGACUGCGCUGUCAGGAGCGGAUCCCGCGAGUCUCGCAAUGGGAUAUUAACCUGAACUGGACUUCGCGUAAACCAAGAGGGCACAGUUUCUUUCAUCAGACCCCUUUAGACGAUAAUUAAGCUACAAGUGCUGUUAAUCCUUCUCACCCGCCCUUCCGCGGGUUUUAAUGUGUUUCAUGUGUUUGCGCUCAACAGUGAGGUAGACUUAUUCGGGCGCGUUUUUUCCACUGUCGGCGUGUAAUUUAUCCCGUGGAUGCGGCUGUCGGGGUCGACGCUUGAGCCCCGCAGGACCAGCCUGUCAUAGGGCAUCAUGAUUUCUCCGGUUCUGCCCAAGUGGAUAAGGAAUAUCCCCCCAGAGAUGCUGCUGUUAUUGUGUUUUAUACUCCAAAGUGAAGCGGCUCCUUCUCUCAGCACCGAGCAGCUGGACAUGGGGGUGGACUGGUUGAGUAAGUUUGGCUACCUCCCACCCCCUGACCCAGUGACCGGCCAGCUUCAGACCAAGGAGGCCCUAACCAAGGCCAUCAAAGCCAUGCAGAAGUUUGGAGGGCUAAAGGAGACUGGAGUCUUAGACCAAGCCACUCUGGUUCUGAUGAAAACACCCAGAUGUUCCCUACCAGACUUUUCUCAGGCUGAGGGGACAACAGGGCGCAGAAAACGAAGCCUGACCUCUCAGAACAAAUGGAAUAAGAGACAUUUGACCUGGAGAGUGAGGAGCUUCCCCAAAGAUUCAGCCUUACUGGGCAGGGACACUGUCCGAGCCCUCAUGUACUACGCCUUAAAGGUCUGGAGCGACAUCGCACCCCUGAACUUCCAUGAAGUGGCCGGCAGUGACGCAGACAUUCAGAUCGACUUCACUAAGGCUGACCAUAAUGAUGGUUAUCCCUUCGAUGGGCCGGGGGGCACCGUGGCGCACGCUUUUUUCCCCGGUGAGAGGUUCACAGCUGGGGACACGCACUUCGAUGAUGACGAGGCCUGGACCUUCAGAUCACCAGACUCUCACGGGAUGGAUCUGUUUGCAGUCGCAGUCCACGAGUUCGGUCAUGCCAUCGGCCUCGUGCACACCUCAGCGAUGGAGUCCAUCAUGAGACCGUACUACCAGGGUCCUGUGGGAGACCCUCUGAAAUAUGAUCUGCCCUAUGAGGACAAAGUACGCGUCUGGCAGCUCUACGGUGUCAGAGAUACUGUGUCCCAUACAAAUCAACCAGGCAACCCUUCUCAGACACCUGAGCCUCCUGUGCUGCUGGACCUUCCUGAAAACAGAUCCACUGUCCUGCUGGCACGAGAUGUCCCAGACAGAUGCACGAGUCACUUUGAUGCAGUGGCCCAGAUACGAGGGGAGGCCUUCUUUUUCAAAGGGAAAUACUUCUGGCGACUAACAAGAGAGAAGCACCUGGUGUCUCUGCGUCCAGCUCAGAUCCAUCGCUUCUGGAGGGGCCUCCCAACCAACCUGGACAGCUUUGACGCUGUGUACGAGAGACCCAGUGACCACAAAAUAGUGUUUUUUAAAGGUCUAAAAUACUGGGUAUUUAAAGACAAUAUCGUGGAAGAGGGUUACCCCCGACCAAUCAGUGACUUUGGGCUCCCAAUAGAGGGUGUGGAUGCAGCCUUUGUUUGGCUACACAAUGAUAAAACCUACUUCUUUAAAGACAACCAUUACUGGCGCUAUGACGACCACCUGAGACGUAUGGACCUGGGUUACCCUAAAGACAGCAGCCUCUGGAAAGGUCUGCCACACCAGCUGGAUGAUGCCAUGAGGUGGUCUGAUGGUUCAUACUAUUUCUUCAAGGGGAAGGAGUACUGGCGAGUGCCGGGCAGUGACAUGGAGGUGGAGGCAGGAUACCCCCGCCUCACUGCCAAGGACUGGCUGUUCUGCACUGAGAUGCAGUCGGACUCUCCGGGCGCAGAGACCAAAAGCACGGAGACGAGAGUCAACGUGCACCCCCACCCUGACCACGCGGAGAAUGGAUACGAGGUGUGCUCCUGCACCUCGGACGGCGCCUCACCUUUAGGAACCCUCCCCUUUCCGUCUUCCAUCCGGCUGCUGCCAACUCUGUGGACACUCCUACUGACCCUUUGCUCUGAACUGCUAUGAUGCUAAAGCAUGAGACUUAAGUGCUAUAACAUGAGAACAACUGGAAAAUGUUGAUAUUAUGACAUAUUUUAUUACCUUUUUUGCUCUGAUUCUGCAGUUAUUUAUUUAAUGUCAUUUUUUUUAGGGGGCGCUGCCAUCAAAAGCAGUCAUUCUAAUGGGCCUCACCCAACUCUGAAUGCUUUAACUUUUUUUUUUGUUUUCAUUGAAUGAUCAAACUUACACAUUUCUGCAGAUAAACUCAUUCCUGAACAAACGUGUAAUGCCCAGAGCAGUAAACUGAAAUCCUUCGUCUUCGUGUACAGCAGGUUUACACCAACAAACGUGCAGAAGCGCUAGUUAAACUCAUUCUGAGAAAACAGUAUGUGUAAAAAAACGCCAACACACACAAUAUACAGUAUACUUUAAUGAGCUGGUUCACAGACAAUUUGGCUCCAAAUUUAUUCAAAAUGACUUAAAAUAAAUGAAUAAAAAGAAAUUACUUAACACUUUCCUCAUGUUGUAUUGAGCCAUGUGGAUGAUUUGAUUAUAUUUUUCACCCCAGCAAAGUGGAGAUGAAAGGAUUUUUACUAAAUUUGAAAAGUCAGUCGUAAUUUCUUUUUCAUACACAUGAUUUGGGGGUUCUUCUGGGUACCCCUCAUGACUCAAAGGUAAUGUCUGCGGUGAAAAUACUUUACAGUAAUUUCUGAAAAGGAUCCAAAGUAACAGAAACACUGCUGCUACCACACCGUCAUCAGUGCCACAAUUAAUGCUUUUAUUCAUCUCCAAGUGUCACAGAAACAGGGAAAUAUAACCAAAUCAAUCUUUGUGGUAGGAUGGUGCCAGGGAUGAAUUACAUUCAUUUUAGUUUUGGUGUUUAAGAAGAAUGGGGUUUUGUUUUAGAGAAACUCCAGAAAUCCAUCUUUGUUUCCUUAAAUGCUUGCAGUGAGCUUGACCACAGCAACUGGUGUUCACAGGUGAAUUUGGAGCAUUUUUUUUUUUUUUGUACACGUUGCUUGCUGUCAAAUCUAGGCUUGAUUAUGUCAUACGAAUUUGAUGCAUUCAGUUUUCUUUUCCAAAUCAUUUCCAGCAUCGCCUCCAGCUCCAUCAUUGUGGCCCAUGGAUUUAUUCUAGUUGUAAACAUAUAUUUACUGAUGAACCGAUACGAUGGAGUUGGAGGUUUCUGCGGUGAUCGCAUCACCAAACGGACUGUGCAUAUUUUAAGCUGUGUUUUUUUUAAUGUAAGAUAUUUUUGU